CGCAGUGGUGAAGAGAGCAAUCACGCGCCAACACACCAUGCCUCUUAAAAGUAAGAAUGCUUUAAGAAUCCAUGGUAUGCCUGGGUGCACUACCAAACAGACCUACGAAGAAGUCGUCGAAAUACUCUGUGCACCACCGUCGACACUGACGAAACGUGCUUCUAGCCUUUUCCGUCUGUCGGACAUCGGACAGACUAGGAGCAGCACGGAUGGAACAACCCCAUUGAUGACGACCCUUGAAGGUGAAGCAUCACCUCAACUGAUACCUCGCACUCCUCCGAUUCCAUCGGACGAACCCGCCAGUACAUCAUUUGUCUUUCAGCACAAAGACGCCCCGGUGGGUACGAUAUCGUUCUCGGACCGAAAGAGACUCAAAGCAGCACUGAGCGUGUUUGAAAAGGCCAAAAAGAACAAGGAUCUCCACUGGAGUGGCUGGGGGAUCACAAACGAGUUUCGAGGUAUCACUGUUCUCUACGAAUAUCCCAGUGCCGAUAAGGUGGAAAUGGAUAUAUGCGCCGUCCAUGGACUUGGCGGGAACGCUAUUGAUUCCUGGACAGCAGACAACAGGAAGAUGUGGCUGAAAGACUAUCUACCAUCUUCACAAAACUUUACCAAGAGUCGUAUCAUGACUUUUGGCUACGACGCAGACUUGGCAGACCAAAGAUCGUUAAUGACACUUGAAAACUGGGCAGAGAACUUGCUACAGAUGCUCAUGGAAGUCAGAACUUCUAAGAAGCAAAGAAGACGGCCAUUGCUCUUCGUGUGCCAUUCUUUCGGGGGGCUAGUGGUUCGAAAGGCAAUGAUCAAGUUGUCGACCACCAAGCACAAGGGGCUAUCCCUGGCCCAGUGUGGUCUCAUCUUCCUGGCUACUCCACACACAGGUACCAGCAUAGCUGACUGGAAUGCGCUUUUCGUUGCCACUGCCGGCCUAGUUGGCGGAGUCAGGUCAGAAAUUGUGGACAGAUUGAGAGCAUUCAAUUCCAGUUCACUGUGGGACAAGAGUGCCUUCCUCAAUUUGAAUCCACUUCCGCCGUUUCAAUGCUAUGCCGAGGGUAUGUCGGUCCAAAAGUCAGGGAUACAGCGAAUAAUUGUCACUCAAGAUUCAGCGUCCCUCGACUCUCAAACGCCAGCUCAUAUGAUCAUGAGGGCUGAUCACUGCACAAUUUCCAAAUUCAGCACAAACUCCAUGGAAUUCAUAACUGUCGCCAACGGCAUGUCUCAAGUUUAUGCGGAAAUCUCAACGACCUACCGCCAUUCCUCAGUUGUUAGAUAUCUGAUCUCGCUGAGUCGGCCCAAGUCCGGCUCUGGGAGAGACUCGUCCUCCACAGAUACAAAUACUGGUUCGGGGUGAGGUCGUUGAUAACGAAUGGCAGGCAAGCUUGCUGCCUCUAACGACUUGGUAAUCCGGGAAGGAAUCUAGGGUUCAGGGCGCUUCUUAGUUCUCCUCAAAGGCUACGCCUGGGCUGGCUGACGCUCAGGACCGCGUCAGGCGAACGGAAUUCAGGUUCAGUAACCUAGAAUGAAAAAUGUACUCGGUGGGCUGGGCUCAAAGAGUAAGCUCAAAAUAAUAAAUUUUAAUGAUCACUUACUGCGUUAGAACUCAACGACACUGAUACGACUUGUGGCUAUCAGGGAUUAGGCCUACUACCAUGGAAAUAAAAUACUAGUUAUUAGACAGAUGGGUGGAGAGGUCGGGUUUUCGGUCUUUAACAUGACUUUCUUUUCUUGAGCUUUGGGGUCCAGCUGCCACUUCAGUAAUCAAUUUACUCUCUCACACUCAACACCUGCCUAAUAUUCAUUUA